CCAAAUAUCGUUUUGAUUGGCAAGAACUGAGCCUAGAAACGAGUCUUGCUCUGAUUGGUCAAGCUACUGAGUUUCCGCGUGGGAAUUGGCUGGCAGAACGGUAGAGGCGGGGCCAGGAGAGAAAGCUUUGUGGUUUAGUCUCAGAAAAGUAGCAGGUGCCGCUUGAGAAAACUGCGGCCCCGUCGGAAGCCUUACCUCGACACUUCACUCCAUGGCAGUUCCCGAGACCCGCCCUAACCACACUAUUUAUAUCAACAACCUCAAUGAGAAGAUCAAGAAGGAUGAGCUGAAGAAGUCCCUGUACGCCAUCUUCUCCCAGUUUGGCCAGAUCCUGGAUAUCCUGGUAUCACGGAGCCUGAAGAUGAGGGGCCAGGCCUUUGUCAUCUUCAAGGAGGUCAGCAGCGCCACCAAUGCCCUGCGCUCCAUGCAGGGUUUCCCCUUCUAUGACAAGCCCAUGCGUAUCCAGUAUGCCAAGACUGACUCAGAUAUCAUUGCCAAGAUGAAAGGCACCUUUGUGGAGCGGGAUCGAAAGCGGGAGAAGAGAAAGCCCAAGAGCCAGGAGACCCCAGCUGCCAAGAAGGCUGUGCAGGGCGGGGCAGCUGCCCCCGUGGUGGGAGCCGUGCAGGGGCCUGUCCCGGGCAUGCCACCAAUGACUCAGGCACCACGCAUCAUGCACCACAUGCCGGGCCAGCCGCCCUACAUGCCGCCCCCUGGCAUGAUCCCCCCACCAGGCCUUGCACCUGGCCAGAUCCCACCAGGGGCCAUGCCCCCACAGCAGCUCAUGCCAGGACAGAUGCCCCCUGCGCAGCCUCAUUCCGAGAAUCCACCGAAUCACAUCUUGUUCCUCACCAAUCUGCCAGAGGAGACCAACGAGCUCAUGCUGUCCAUGCUUUUCAAUCAAUUCCCUGGCUUCAAGGAGGUCCGUCUGGUCCCUGGGCGGCAUGACAUCGCCUUCGUGGAGUUCGACAAUGAGGUACAGGCAGGGGCAGCUCGCGAUGCCCUGCAGGGCUUUAAGAUCACCCAGAACAACGCCAUGAAGAUCUCCUUUGCCAAGAAGUAGCACCUUUUCCCCCGUGCCUGCCCCUUCCCCUAUUCUGGGGCUACCCCUUUCCCCCUUGGCGCAGCUCCCUGAAGGUAAGUCCCCCUUGGGGGCCUCCUUGGAGCCGUGUGUGAGUGAGUGGUCGCCACACAGCAUUGUACCCAGAGUCUGUCCCCAGACAUUGCACCUGGUGCUGUUAGGCCGGAAUUAAAGUGGUUCUUUGAGGUUUGGUUUUUCACAA